AUGGAUCGGACACGGCACCAGGUGUGGCGAGUGCUGCCGCCAGCCCGGGAGGACGAGGGUUCCGGCAAGUGUCGGUUGAGCGUCGGCACCAUGCGGGCGAUGGGGCUGAGCCUGGCCGCCCCACUGGUUCUCCGCACGCCCAACAAGGAGGUGCUGGUGCGUGCAUACCCCAGCAGGCAAGAAGGCGAGUCUGCGCUGGUGGAGGUGGACCAGCUCGUCUGCCGUGCUCUCGCUAGCGGCAUGAAGGAACGAGGAGGAGAACAGCAGCACGGCAAGCUUGGAGGGGACGGCGAAGAAGAGGCCUCCCUGAGCGCGUGCAGCGUAGUGUCAGCGCAGAGCGUGUCGCUGAUUCCGCUCACGCCGUGCAGCGCCACCGAGCCUGAGCUACGAUGUCACCUGGAACGGCUCGUGGUCAAGUCGGACUUCACGGUGGGGUCGGCCAACGGGCCUUUCCACUUCCGGGUUGGAUCGACGGUGCCGGAGGCGGCAUUCGUGCAGAUCCACAGCUCCACGAAGAUGAGCCUAGUCACGGAACACGCGGCUUCCCCGCUUGAACUCGGCCUCCACACCCAGCGAGCGCUGCAGUCCAAACAAACGCAGACAACGACGGACGAAAGCGAAGACGAAGCUCCCACCGGUGAGACGUCGAGGGAGAAGCAGGACAAGGGGAAGGGCGGCGCGAUCGAUUCGAUCGGAGGACUCAAGGGAGGCCUGGCUUCGCUACGGGAGCUCGUCUACUUCUCGCUGGUGGCGCCCGAAGCCCUCAAGCGAUUUUCCAUCGAGCCGCCCAAGGGUCUGCUGCUCAAGGGACCCAGCGGGGUCGGCAAAACGCUGCUCGCACGCACCGUCGCGAGGCACUACGACAUUCCGCUCGUGGCGGUGAACGGCGGCGAGCUCUACACGGCCUAUGCCGGCCAGACCGAAAGCCGGCUACGCAAGGUGUUCGAAAAGGCGGGCAAACUCCAGCCCUCGAUCGUCUUUAUUGACGAAAUCGACGCGCUCUGUCCCAAGCGCGAGGACGCGCAGUCUACGGAGUCUCGAGUGGUGGCACAGCUGCUCACGCUCAUGGACGGGUUGCGACAGCGCACGCGCGUCCUCGUCGUGGCCGCUACGAAUCGCCCCAACUCCCUCGAUCCCGCGCUCAGGAGGCCGGGAAGGUUCGAUCGCGAGAUUGAGGUGCGGCCACCGGACGAAGACGAGCGACUCGACAUCCUGCGCGUGCACACGCGCGCCAUGCCUCUCCACCGGGAAGUCGACCUCCAGCAGGUCGCAGGACUCACGGUCGGCUUCGUGGGCGCGGACCUGGCAGCCCUGUGCCGCGAAGCAGCGCUGCUUGCGAUCAAGCGGUAUCUGCACAUGGCUCGCGAUGCGAGCAGCGGCGACCCAACGCCGACGGCGGGCCAUGUCACUCCGGAGGACUUCGAGCAGGUGCUGGCCAAGAUGUACGGUUCGUGUCGACGCGGUAUGAUCGUGGACGUCAACAAAACGGGCUGGGACGACAUUGGCGGCCUCGGCUCUAUCAAGCAGAAAUUGAUGGAGACGGUGGAAUGGCCGAUUCUGUACAAGGCCACCUUCCAGCGGUUCGGCAUUGAGCCCUCGCGCGGCAUUCUGCUCGUGGGUCCGCCCGGAGGCGGAAAGACCACCAUCGCCAAGGCCAUAGCGUCGUCGUGCAACCAGAGCUUCUUCUCGUUGAACGCAGCGUCGCUGUAUUCGCCCUAUCUCGGUGAUUCGGAGGCCCUGAUUCGAGACACCUUCAAGAAGGCGCGCCAGAACUCUCCCGCGGUCGUCUUCAUCGACGAGAUCGACUGCAUCGUCGCCAAGCGAGCGACGCCCGGCGAGGGUUCGGCUGACGGCGUGCAAGCUCGUGUACUGUCCACUCUGCUGAACGAACUCGACGGCGUGGAGAGGUCGGCCGGUGUACUGCUACUGGCGGCCACAAACAGGCUCGAUAUGCUCGACUCGGCGCUCAUACGACCAGGUCGCAUUGACCAAGUCUUGCAGAUUCCGUUGCCCGAUCAACAAACGCGACAGCAAAUCUUGGAGGUGCACUCGCGCCAGAUGGCGCUCGAGCCCGACGUUCGGUUAGCUACCAUCGCCGAACAGACCGAAUCAUGGAGCGGGGCGGAGCUGCAGAGUCUGUGCCAAGAGGCCGCCCUUGUGAGCUUGCGCAGAGACCUUCUCGCAGCCCGCGUGACAAUGGCGGACUUUGCUACGGCUAAGCGAGCGGUGACCCGAGGUCUAUCGCUGCGAGAGUGGAGUCAAGAGCGGCAGGAGAAGGGGCUGUCCUGGGGCGUGUGA